AUUGAGCUCAGAGACUCACACUCCUGCUCUGUGCGUUCAGCUUCCACUCUCUGGAAACUUUAGGAACCGUUUCUGUCUGAACUCCACUGAUGUAUCGGGUUCGAGUUCUCCAGGAUGAUCUCUUCAUGUGGAAACUGGACUUCAGAUUUAAAUUUGGGAUCUGAUUCUGUCAGGAAGAGAAGGAGUCUGUGUGAUGAGGCCUGGUGAAGCCAAGCUGUCUUUUAAUAUUUAAAUAUUAUUUGGUAAUAAUAAUAAUAAUAAUUUGUAAGAAUAAUUUGUAAUUACGCACGAACAGUAGUCUGUGCGUGAUUUUGCUGAAAGCUGAAGAACUCGGUUCGGUUUGAGAGACAGACCCACUUUUAGAGAAGUGAACUGGUGCCUGAAGUCUGUGCACCAGGUUUUCACCACAAGGAGGGGGUGUUUCAGGGGAAGGUCCUUGCUCGAGUGUGGCUCCAGCGCAGGAUCCGCGGACCCGAGCUCUUCUGAAACGCUGUGGGACAGAAGGAGCGCUGCGGCCCCAUGGAACCGGUGGGCAGCACGAUGACGGGGCCCUCGGACAGCCACCGGGGGACCGAUGUGAUGGAGAAGUACACGGAGGUGAGCUUCGGCCAGGGGAAGAGCGGCCCGGAUGUGGCCCGUCUGUCCUGCCUCGCGCGGAACUUCGGGGACGUGGAGCCGCUGUGCGCUCUCUCCGCCCCGAACACCGGCGCUGAUUUCACCGGCAGCGCGAGCCGGGAGCGCACCGAGGACUUUCUGAAGAUCGAGCCGGGACCGUGGGAGGACAUCACGGACAAAAUGUUCCCACUCAAGGAGAGCACGACCUUAGGACUGUGCCCCACAGACGCGUGUAAGUUUAUUAAAGACGAGCGGGAACCGGCGCUGAUCUCCGCGCCUCCGCGCGCCGCCUUCGACAUCCCGCAGCACGCCGAGGUGUUGGAUGGGGUCACCGCGAACCUCGGCUCGGUCCAGCCGCCCUUCAUGGACUCCGGCUCGGGCGUCAUGGUGGAUAUUCCUCACCCGGGGGCACUAGUGCCUCUGUCCCAGAUGAAGCCCGAGGCGGCCGCUGCGCUCGGCUUUGACUCGGCGGGGGUGUGUAAGACUGAGAUGGGAGGAUGGGACCCGCACCUGUGGUUCUCCGCCGCGCUGGCUGAGGAGCGGCCCGGUCAGGUGGGUUUCUCCCCGCAGGAAGGCCUCCACGGCUCGGGCUUCCUCCAGCGCGCUCCCGCGGUGUUCAGCGCCUUCCCGAGUGUACAUGCACAGAGAGCGUGUGUGAUAUGUGGAGACGAGGCUUCAGGCUGCCACUACGGAGUCCUGACAUGUGGAAGCUGCAAGGUGUUCUUCAAGAGAGCUGUGGAAGGACACCAUAACUAUCUGUGCGCCGGGCGGAACGACUGCAUUGUGGAUAAGAUCAGAAGGAAAAACUGUCCUGCGUGUCGUCUCAGAAAAUGCUACCAGGCCGGGAUGAUGCUUGGAGGUCGUAAGUUGAAGAGAUUUGGUGUUCUGAAGGCUAUGGGUCUAGGCCCGUCCCUGAUGUUCCAGGGUCACACUUUGGCCUCCAUGUCAUGUGUUCCUGGGAUCCAAGAGCUGCAGUUUUCACCUCAGUUUAUAAACAUCCUUGAGAACAUUGAACCCGAGAUGGUCUACUCUGGCUUUGAUAACUCCCAAGCUGAACUGCCACAUCUGCUCCUGAACAGCCUGAACAGACUGUGUGAGAGACAGUUGCUGUGGAUCGUACGCUGGUCCAAGGCUUUACCAGGUUUCCGCAAUUUACACAUCAGUGAUCAGAUGACCCUGAUCCAGUACUCGUGGAUGAACCUGCUGGUGUUCUCUCUGGGCUGGAGAACCUUCCAGAACGUCUCCUCUGAUUUCAUGUACUUUGCUCCUGACCUCAUCCUCAGCCAUGACCGGCUGAGGAUGACUCCGAUAUACGACCUGUGCGUGGCCAUGCAGGUGAUCCCUCAGGAGUUUGCGAGGCUGCAGCUCAGCAGGGAGGAGUUCCUGUGCAUGAAGGCCCUAAUGCUGCUCAGCACUGUUCCUUUAGAGGGUUUGAAGAGUCAAAGCCAGUUUGAUGAGAUGAGACAGAACUACGUCCGAGAGCUGAGUAAAGCCGUGCAGAUGAAGGAGAAGGGCGUGGUGGGCAGCUCACAGCGCUUCUACCAUCUCACCAAACUCAUGGACUCCAUGCAUGAGAUAGUGAAGAAGGUCAACCUUUACUGUCUCAGCACCUUCAUCCAGGCUGAGAGCAUGAAGGUGGAGUUUCCCGAGAUGAUGUCGGAGGUCAUUGCGUCACAGCUCCCGAAGGUUCUGGCCGGCAUGGUCAGGCCCCUCCUCUUUCAUGGGAAAUGAUGUCAUGACAGAGCAGUGGAUUGUGGGAAAUGGACGAGUGCCAUUCAGCUCAGUGACGUGAUCUGGGAGAAACGUGUGUUUUUUUUUUUAAAUGCUCUUUCUCCAUGAGAUGUGUAAUGGUUCAAUCCCUGCUUUUGUUCUGAUGUUUAGUUCGAAGUAAAGAUAAAACUUUCAUGUUUUCUGUAACCGUCUCUCUGAGGAAUCUCAGUCCUACAGUAUAAUUCCGUGGUGAAGACAAAUUUACGACUAAACAGCACUUUAAACGUUACACUUCUUCUUUCACGGCUUUUAUAAAGGAGGAGUCCAGCCCUGAUGAAGAAAGAAUGAAUUCACAGCAACCAAUUCACACCAAUCUCUGAAAGUGUCUCCUGUGUCUCCGUAUCAGCGGUACAGGGGGUCAUCCUGCGUAUUUUAACAUUCAUCAGGACAACAGAAUAAAACGCACGGGUUGUGUGGCGUGAAUGUGUUGAAUGUUGUUAAAGAGAUUAUGUAAGGCUUGUCAUUUCCGGGACCUGAACUCAGCAGACCUGGCAAUGGAGGGAGGAUCAUUCCAGCACCAUAAGUCAAGGUUGUGUCACAUUCCUCUGCAUUUAAAUGGAAAAGUACACGGAGAUCCUGGCGCCGGGCUGCGCCGCCGUCUUCUUCCUCUCCAGAAGGCUGGAAGUGUAACUGAUGAUGAGUGUGUGUUGUUUUCUUUUUGUGCAUGUUGCUCAAAGUUAUUAGGACUGUACAACAUAAUGAGGUUAUGGUGUAGAAAUUUAUUGACAGUAAAACGUUCACACGUGUGAAAACAAGCAAAAAAAAAAAAAAACCCUAACACAGUGAUAAGGCAUUGUUCAGUUCAAUCACUUCACCUGUUCAGUUCCAACACCUGAUUAAAGACUGCAUGGAUAACGGCAACAAGACCAUGUGCAUUUUUCUUACAAGUUACAGCAAUAAAAUGUGAACAAUAUCGGUGACAAAAACACGAGAGAAUGAAACUGCAUCAGAACGGGUUCCUCAUGCUGCACGCGAAAGAGUGAGAACAGUCUGAAGAGGAAUAAUGGAGGAAAAAUGAGGCACGUUUUCAAUCUCAGCCUUUCACAAAUCAGUAAAGUGGAGAUGGGAGUGUGUGUGUGUGUGUGUGUGUGCGGUGCUGCUCAUCUGUUUGAGUUAAGAUGAAGACACUAGAAAUGUUUCUAUGAACCAAAAAUGGUUUCUGA